AUCAUUUACCUACGCACCAACCGUUCCUUCCGGUCUCCCACUCCUCCACCACAGCUUUUCUUUGUCUAUCUACUAAACCCUACAAGUUUCAUUUCCUCCGCUCCGCAGCUCUCUCUCUCCCUCUCUCCCUUUAUCACUCACUCUCUACAGUCUGUUCCCUGUCCUCGCUUAAGAUCAUGGGCAAGAUCAAGAUCGGAAUCAAUGGCUUUGGAAGGAUUGGCCGGUUGGUGGCCAGAGUGGCUCUGCAAAGAGACGAUGUUGAGCUCGUCGCUGUCAACGAUCCCUUCAUCACCACUGAUUACAUGACUUACAUGUUCAAGUAUGAUAGUGUUCACGGUCAAUGGAAGCAUCAUGAACUCAAAGUGAAGGAUUCCAAGACCCUUCUCUUUGGUGAGAAAGCAGUAGCUGUUUUUGGCCUUAGGAACCCAGAGGAGAUCCCAUGGGCUGAGACUGGAGCCGAAUUCAUUGUGGAGUCCACUGGUGUCUUCACUGAUAAGGAUAAGGCUGCUGCCCACUUGAAGGGUGGUGCAAAGAAGGUUAUCAUUUCAGCCCCUAGUAAGGAUGCUCCCAUGUUUGUUAUGGGUGUCAAUGAGAAGGAUUACAAGCCAGAUCUUCACAUUGUUUCCAAUGCUAGCUGCACUACCAACUGUCUUGCCCCCCUUGCUAAGGUUAUCAAUGACAAGUUUGGCAUCGUUGAGGGUCUCAUGACUACCGUGCACUCCAUCACAGCCACACAAAAAACUGUUGAUGGACCAUCAAGCAAGGACUGGAGAGGUGGAAGAGCUGCUUCAUUCAAUAUCAUUCCUAGCAGCACUGGAGCUGCCAAGGCUGUUGGUAAGGUGCUGCCUGCACUUAAUGGGAAAUUGACUGGAAUGGCUUUCCGUGUUCCCACUGUCGAUGUCUCAGUGGUUGACCUCACUGUGAGGCUGGAAAAGAAGGCUACUUAUGAUGAAAUCAAAGCUGCUAUCAAGGCAGCGUCUGAGGGAAACAUGAAGGGGAUCUUGGGUUACACCGAGGAUGACGUGGUAUCCACUGACUUUGUGGGCGACAGCAGGUCGAGCAUCUUUGAUUCCAAGGCUGGGAUUGCUUUGAAUGAUUUCUUUGUUAAGUUGGUGGCAUGGUAUGACAACGAGUGGGGUUACAGCACGCGUGUGGUUGAUUUGAUCGUUCACAUGGCAAACACUUGCUAAGUUGUGUGGAAGGAUUGGCUUUAAUACGCAUAUAUGCUUCUGUGUUGUUGUUUUGCUUUAUGAGAGAUGCGAGAAUCUGAAUAAAAAUGAAUUUUGGGACAUGGCUCCCUAGACUAAUGUUGUCUGAAAGUGUGUUUGUCAUGGUUUUUAGGGUUUCGUACUGGGGUUGGUAUCAGAUCAGCCCAUGUUUUUAACUAAGGUCCCUGAGUCCCGGUUUUCCAAUUUGAAAUCUGUGUUGUUUCUAUUUCUA